GCUACAAGUAAAGGGUUUCGCAAGCAUGCGCUUUGAAAGCUCCGCUGUGAAACCUCGGUCAAACAAUGUGCCGAAACACGCACAGAAACGAAUCAGAACGGCAGCAAAGACCUACUAUACUUAUACUGGGGACAACAAUUAAAUUAUGGAGAAAUUGAAAAUCUGAAAAAAUUAUUAAAAUUACAAUUUUCAAUCAUUUGUGUUGGAAAAACGAAAUCGAGUACGAAAAUUUUGCUGUCGCUAGUGAUUUCUAAUUAUACAGUCUGUGUGUAGGCAUAGAACAAGGCAGUAGUAAGAAGUGCCUAAUAUAACGAGCGUGGCACGUUAAAUUCAAAUUGCCAACAUGGAUUUUAAAAAUUUGUGCCAGAACAUCGACGUAAGCAGCCUACGAGCACGAAUUCCCUCAUUGCCCGCAAUGCCAGCAAUGCCACAAAUUAAAUUGCCAAAGUCAUUACCGAAACUGCGCUCACGUCGCAUAUUCGGGCGUUCGCGUGAGGAUCUCAGUCGCAACCAAGCAGGCUCAGCGAAGGAGCAACAACGUCAACAGUCGAUACGACAACCGCCCAUACCGCCUGCUGAUUUUAUAAAUCACUCACCGCGCCACAUUUCAACCGUUUCAUCGCUGAUGCAUCAGCAGCAGCAGCAACAACAGCAGCCCCAGCGUGGCGACUCGCAACGUGGCACCUAUCGCAGCGCCUGUAGCGUGGACGAUGACUAUCCGUCACCACGUCAAUUCCAGGCACCGGGUCGUUUAUCGCGUCCCAUAAGUCCAAUACACACGCCUGUAAAUGACGGCGGUGAUGAACGCGUUGAGCCGACUGUCGCGAAGCUGUCGCUGGUCGAAAAGCUGCAGAAAGGCUAUAAGGAUAUAAGCGAAUUUCGUUUGAGUCACAUCUUUGCGAAGAAGACAGUGGUGCGUAAGGAUAUCAUACUGGUGGAUCAGUAUGUGGAGCGUUACAAUGAGGAACGUGAACGAGAGCAGGCCGAACAAGAGCGGCGUGAUCGUAAAAUUGCCGAUAAUUAUCAGUUUAACUUCAAGCUUUCGCGACAGGACACAGAUAAUAGCAAACGUAGCGUAAGCUCCGACGAGUCGCAAAAGCAAGUGGAUAAGGGACGUGCAAAGAAUAUGCAUGAACAGAGUGAAGAUGAGAGUGGUAUGGAGGCGACGCCGCCACCACGCAAACCAGGCAUCGCUUCGACACGUUUCGCCAGGGUGCGUAAUCCACCGCUGGAGCAGUAUAUAACCGAUGAGAGUAAUAACGAGUUGGACGAGGACGAAGAAGUGCCUGUGCCGAGAGCCACACAGCAAAAACCAAAGAUUGUACAAAGUUCACCAGAGAACAUGUCCAAGGGGGCAGUGAAUAGAAAGGCAUUGUCGAAAUUGCGUAACACGAGUCAAAGUAGUGAGGAAACGCCAGAGAAGUUAGGUGAGCGUAAACGACGACGUGCACCGUUAUCACCACAGCAGUCCGAGGAAAAGCAGGAAACGCCAGCCACAACGGUGAACGAGAAUAAUCCACUUAGUGUCUUAAAACAGAAUAUCAAACGAUUUUCGAAAUCGAUAAGGCGCACGCAAGACACCGAACCAAGUGGUACGCCUGCAAAUACGGCAGAAGACACAGAUGGCGAUGGCACGCCGAAGAAAGAAGAGAAACAAAUUAGUCGCACUGAAAAGUUGACGGCACGCUUACGUAGAUUCGCCUCACACGAUGCUUCCACAGAGAAUCUAGACGAAGCGACAACGAAGAAAACUGAAGAACAGCGUUCACCCAUACGUACUGUCAUCACCAAUAAAUUGCAGAAUUGGAAGAAGAGCUUUAAGCGUAGACCAACUGAAUCUGAGGCGCAAACUGGCGAUGAAACAUCACCCGAACGUAAUACGGAGAAAAGUGAGAAACGCACGGACAAUCUAAUGAAGAAGCUACGUAAUAUUCGUCAACAGAAACGUGCAAACUCUGCAGAUGAUCUCGAUGGCACUGAAGACGAUGAGGCACACAAUACGCCCACUGGCACACCAAAAGAUACCGGUGCACGGAAGACGGUCAACUUUGAAAAACGAUUUGAGCAAGCGCGUCAACGUACACUCAAAAAGAUGAAUGAGAAGAUGCAGCAGAUCAAGUUCUUUCACAAGUCGCAGGAGAAUCUCGAAAAAGAAACAGGAGCAACCAAGAAAGAGGCUAAUAAACACGAUGAAGUGGAAGUUGAGGAAGAAUCAGAUGACGAGCGUACCGUUUAUGUGCGACCGCAUAUCUCGGCAAGACAUGCUGCAACACGUGAUACGCCAAGCGAUUCCGAAGAUGAGCAACAGCAAGCAGCAGGAAGAGAGCGUGCUAGAAACGACAAGCCUACACAACAUGAGUAUGAGUACGAGGACGAUGAUAUGCAGCAUACACACACUCUUUGGACCACCAAAAAUUUACUCAACGAAUCAUUGGAUUCCGAAAUCGAUGUCGCUUUUCCACGCGUACUCAUACACCAAGAUAAUUCCGAUCAAUUUGAAUCGACACUUAUAAUAGCCGUGACACGUCCCGCCCCAUCAAUUCCCACCACACCCAUAAUAGAGGAAAUACACGAUGAUGUACCGAAAUAUAAGCCUCCACGAGCAAGUCGUUCGCCAAGUCCCGGCAGCGCACGCGCCGAGUGGAUACCAAAUAAUGAAAUUAUAUCGAACUUCUUAGAAAUAACGCCACCGACUCAACGACGUUUAUCCGCUGAGGCUAUACUGCCAGCGCCACGCGGUCAUACACGCAAAAUGUCAAUGGACUCCAAUUCCGAUUCUGACUCUUGGAUUCCAGACAGUGCACGUAACAAAAAAAUGAGUCAGCCAAACAGAGAGGACUCAGUAGAAGCCGCUUCAGGGGUGACACUCAAUAGCAUAGAUGAGAAUGAGGAACCAUGGAAAGUACACCAACAUGCGUAUUGCGAUGAGAAACUCUACAAAGCGAAGAGCAUUGACAUAUUCGAAGCUAGCUUUCGAAAGGGCGGUGCAAAAGCAGCUUUCGACGACUUUGAAGAGGAAUUGCGAGAUGAGCCGAUACUGCGAGUGCCACAGAAGCAUAUAGAUUCGUCAUUCGAGAAGGAUAGCAGCGAAGAGCCGUUCGCUGCGGACGACGAUAACUCCUCGCGCGUAACAAGGAUUUCUGUGAGUGUCAUACGCGAGGAAUGUGAGGAUAUGAAAGAAUGCGAGAAUAUUAAAUUGCCUCCAGUGAUGGACGAGCAAUUUACCGCUAAAAGUGAUGCACCGCGCAGCUAUGUAGGCGAAUAUGAACGUAAAAUGCUUUACACUAGCGCCGAAAAUGUAGGCAAGGCUGAUGAUGAUGACGAGGAUAGACCACCGUCGGCUGCGCCUUCGCCACCACCUUCAAUAUCACCACCACCGCCACCGUUGCCCUUAAGAAAACCAAUUCUAUUACCAACCAAAUCGUUGGAGGAAUCACCGCCAGUACCUACCAUGAAACCACCGAUGCCACCCAAUAAACCACCACCACCACCGCGUAUACCCGAUCGUACACCAUCGAUGUCACGUAUCGCCAAACCACUGGUAAAGACCUCAUCACUGCGUUUGGCCUACAACGAACAAGUUAAGCCUUCCGACGUGGGUAAGGUCAACAAGCUCAUUUCACGUUUCGAGACACCACAAACGAAAGUGACACAACGACCGCGAGUUAUACAAAGACGUUUGACGCGCGACGAGUCCGAGGAAUACACUGACGAUGAAGAUGAUUUGGAAGAAGACGAAGAAGAUGGUGAACAGGAAACGGACAUAGUGAAUGCAAACACCGAGCGUGAUGCCACACCAACACCAACAAAUACACCACGCAUGUAUUCUAUAGAAUCCGAUACAGAAAGUUUGCCGGCAGUUGCAACAAAUGUGAGCAAAACAACAAAACGAACAACCAUCAAGAUAGAAGAAAAUAUUACAACAACACAACGCAGCAAUGCGUCUAAUGGCAAUCCGCCGAAGGUCUACAGUGAUGUACCACGUAUAACCUUAAAUUUCGACAACAAUUCCAAUUUGAAUUUGAGUUGCGCAAGCUCCGAAUACGGUUCACCGUUGGAGUAUCCAUCAAGUUUGAUUGGCUCGACCGAGACUACACCGAUACCCGAACGCAGGCCGCAAGAACUAGUGCAAAAUUUGAAAAGUGCCGAGCGUUCGCGACGUUCUAUGACGCGAGACGAUGACAAAUUCUUAUCCUUCGAUAGUGAUGAUGAAAACAGUUACUAUUCGAUAAGUUCGACUGGCAGCAGCCGUUAUGUUGUGGAGAUUUGAGUUGAAUGCAGUUUCGUAUUAUAAAAUUAUAUUAUAAAAGUGUUGUGCAGUGUCAGUUGUAUAGUUAAAUGUAUAUGAUUUA